UUGACAGUAAAUUAAUUCUCCUUCAGGUGUGAAAACACGACGCUGUUAGCUCUGAUAAAAGCAGAAUUUACCGGACAAAUACCUGUCUAUCGCAGCUUCUUUCCGCAACGACAUGGAAGGUAUUUUUGACUUAGGUAGGUGACAGCAGGACGUGAUCGAGCAGCAAUGUAGGUGAGGAUGUGAUAAAAUUCGCCCUUAUCUCCACCCAAUCCGUCCAGAGAGAAUGCCCAGCCAGGGCAAAAAUGGCUGCGCGACACACCCAGGGCGAGAGGAGAAAGAUUUACACAGGUUGUUGGAUCUCAUACGGACACCUGUUAGUAAGCAACAGCUCCCAUCCAUAGAGUACAGAUGUUCUUACUGCCCAGGUUCCCUCCAGUGGCCCAUCCCUCAGCCCAAGGCAGGGCGCCGGCCCUCCACCGAGACGCUCGCCUUGGAACAGUUCAGUCUGACGUACAAGGAAGAGCGAGCUUUUAGCCUUCACGAACGCCACAAAGAUUUCUGUGAUAUUUUCUCUAAUCUAGUCAAACAACGGCUGUGCUGCUUAGAAUGGAUAAGUCAUGCCCUGCCAGAAAACAUCCUCCGAGUGUUGGUUUGUCUGCGAAUCAUGAUGAGAGAUCCGUCCUACCAAAAAGAGUUCUUCAAUCUUGGAGGUGUGAAGACCCUUUCUGAGCAUUUGAAGAAAGCUACAGACAGUUAUCUUACCUACGGAGAUGGGCCUUAUGUUGUUGAUAUACUGAAGGAAAUAACAAAUAUUUAUCAGAAGCUGUCUGCAUUGGUGGAGCAGAGAGAAUGGCUAGUGGCAUGUGGAGCUCAUCAGUGGCUGGUGUUGUUGUUGACAGCAAGAGACCCUGUAGUGUUACACUGCUCACUCUAUGCACUCAUCAGUCUGGCUCAGAGUGGACAGCCCAGGAAGCUGAUAGGGGAAUUAAACUCUAUAGAAGUUCUGCUGACAAUAAUACAGGAAUAUGAUACGCUGACAAAAAAAUUGGCUGCCAAUCUGCUGCGGUUGUUGUGUGCGGACCCUCAGAGUAAGGAGAUGGUCAAGGUCUAUGAUGGAGUUCCAAUCCUGUUAAGUCAGUUACACAGUGACAAUGCCAUGCUGCUGUGGCAUGUUGUGUGGUGCCUGGUAUUGCUGGCAGAAGACCCUGACUUCAGCAAUGACAUCAGACUAAUGGGGGGAAUUCCCCUACUCCUGUCACUAUUACAUGAGAGGAAGUUUGUGUCAGAGAGGAAUGAUGUCAGUGGGGGUCCAGCCAGUGCUGGGUUGCAACGCCAAACUGCUGCAGGGGUGGAUGAGAGUGCAGAGCUUACACAGCAGCAGUAUUCACUCAAGUCCGCUUGCUGUGCCUGCCUGACGGAACUAGUCCUGAAUGACACCAAUGCACAACAGAUUGCUCAAGCUAAUGGUGUGUACUGCCUGGGCCUGCUGGUUUUACCCCAGCGUUGCUGUGAGAAGGACAGGAAAUAUGUGGACAAACUCCAGAGAAAUGCAUUCCGAGCCCUUCGGUUCCUGUUCAGCAUGGAGCGAAAUCGACGACUCUUCAAGCGCCUGUUUCCUCCAGAUCUGUUCGCAGUAUUCAUAGAUAUUGGUCAUUACAACAAAGAUCUGAGUGCUUACAAACCGCUGGUGGAGAAAAUCAACUCCUUAAGUAAAGCCAGCAUUGCAGAAAUCCGUGAGAAUAUUCAGGCAACCAAUCAGGACAAAGCACCAAGUCAUUACAUCGGGGAAUACGCUGUAUUUGAGUUGCUGGGGAGUGGGGCGUUUGGUUCUGUGUACAAAGUGAAGAAGAGAAGUGCUGGACAGUCAUUCAGGGCCAUGAAAGAGAUUAAUUUACAAAACUCAGCGUUUGGAAAGACCCCAAAAGAGCGAGAGACCAGCGUUGGUGAGGUCAUCAGCGAGUUGUCAAUCAUGAAGGAACAGCUGAAACACCCGAACAUUGUCCGUUAUUACAGCACCCUGAACUUUGCUGACAGUGAGAAGCUCUUUAUUGUGAUGGAGCUGAUAGAAGGAGCCCCUCUGGGGGAACAUUUCACCUCCCUCAAGGAAAAGGGUGAGACGUUCACAGAAAGCCGCAUCUGGAAAAUAUUCAUACAGAUCCUGCGAGGCCUACGCUACCUGCACAAGGAGAAGAGAAUUGUGCACAGAGAUCUGACCCCUAACAACAUCAUGCUGGGCGAGAACGACAGGGUCACCAUCACGGACUUUGGGCUGGCCAAACAGAAGAGAUCUGACUGCAGUGAGAUGACCUCUGUGGUGGGCACCAUUUUAUACUCCUGCCCUGAGAUUGUGCAGAACUUACCGUAUGGAGAGAAGGCGGAUAUUUGGGCCACAGGAUGUAUCCUCUACCAGAUGUGUACUCUAAAGCCACCCUUCUUGUCCAGCAACAUGCUUACACUUGCCACAAAGAUUGUGAAUGCUGAGUAUGAUCCUAUACCAGAUGGCCUUUACUCAAGUCGUAUUGUCAGCACGGUUAAAAGGUGUAUCACCUCCUCCCCUGAGGACAGACCAGACAUCCUGGAGCUGAGUGGACAGCUGGUGGACAUACUCCUGGUCCACAUGGACAACAUGAGUGUCAACCAGACAGGCUUGGAGAGGAAGCUGGACAGAGAGAGGACAAGAACGCAAAAGCACUUUUACGAGGCAUGCCGUAACAUGCAGAACUAUCACCGAUUGUUUCUGGCCUCACAAGAGAGGUACGACAAACUGGUCAACCUCGCCAGCAGUGGGGGAGGAGCCAGUAUGAAGGAAAAUACACAAACAUCAGAAGAGGUUUUUUUCGAGUCAGAAAGCCUGACACGAAAGUUAACGAGAGGUGUUCUGAACAGCCCUACAGCAAGCAUCAACAGCUCCAUGCUGCGUAUAGACGUGGAUGACCCGGAAGAACAAACAAACGAACAGGGCUGGAUCAGCGAUGACGAUGAUAGCUCCCCCAGCAGUGGCAGUGAAAGCCGAGAAAGCAGCGCAGGUAGUGAGCGCAAAGCAGUGGUGUUGUCCUCAGAGGCACAGAGCACCAAUCCUCAGCCCCCGGGAACGCCCAAAUCUCGCGAGGCCAGGCAGUCACGAAGACUGCCACACUCACAGUGCCUGGAUCAACUCUCAGUGGAAAUCCCUAACACAGUAAAGUACAGCCGUGACUCUGGUAUCAGCUCAGGAGACCCAUCCCCCAACAACUGUACCCCGGGGUCUAGUGUAGACCCCACCGUCAUGGCACUAACCCACAGACACCUGUACCAGAGGUCACAGAGCGUCACAGCUGUGGAUAACCUUGUGCAUUGCAGCAGAAAGUCUGCGCGAAGACCAAAUUCCGCCACCUUGACGAUUUCACCGCGUAAAGUCCGGCAGAUCAGUGACCCCAUCCUCCAGCUUUUACACCAGCUUCAUAAGAUUCUCUACAUUUCCCAGCUACCCCCAGUUCUGUGUCCCAACCCACAUCGCAGAGCCAUUGAGAAGUUCAAGAGAGCCUUAUUUGCCCCACAGAGCACUUCUUUUAACCUGAAGACAGAGCUGAAGAAGUUACUACAAGGUUCCCGUGACAUUAUUGACCUAAACUUGGGCUACCUGGAGAAACCUGGAAGAAGAGACACAGCCUCCUCAGAGCCAGGAAUAAUCAAUGCAGACAAUCUUGUGACCAGUAAUUAUGACCCAGACUACAAAGACGUGGGUAUCAGCUACGAGCAGAUGCAGCGUAUGAUUGAGGGUACCCUGGUGGAGAGUGGCUAUUACGACAUGUCCCCAGCACGAGACAGGAUUCAGCCUCUAGGGCCCAUAGGCAGGGUCCCAUCAUUGAGCUCAUGAGGGUACCCUGGUGGAGAGUGGCUAUUACGACAUGUCCCCA